GCAUGUAAAAAUAGGCUAUGCGCAGUACAAGCCGACUGCGAUGCCUCGGACUGCUGUGGCUCGUAUUGGCGCAGGAGCUCGACCAAGCGAAUGCGGUCGUGAGUCUGCCUAACCUCGAGUUCAACGCGGCGACGGGUCAGAACGCGUAUGCGAGCAGCUACUUCCAAUUCGACCUUAACCCGGUCCUCGACACCAAGUACAUUCCCAAUAAUGGCAUCGAUGGCCUCGUCGUGCAAACGAGCUGGUGGUCGAGCGGCCGAAUGAACGAGUCGGUGUUCUUCCAGGUCAAUUUCACGGCCGAGUCGCCCGUCAUUAGCAAAGUCAUCAUUCGCUGGCACGGCUACUUGGCCGCCAAAGCGUACACAAUCAGCACGUCGUAUUCGGGCUACAACCGCACGUUCCUCCUCUACAACGAGGUGGACAACGCGUCGACGGUCUGGGACCGUGUCGACGUCGUCCGGCCCGCGAGCAACUCGUCCGCGCGCUUCUACUAUCUGCGCGUCGACAUGGUCUCGCCGGCCAGCUGCGACCCCAACAACGUGCAUGGCUGCACCCGCCGGCUCGCCGACCAAGGCCCGAUCUACGGCAUCCGCGAACUCGAAGUCUGGUCGGCGUCGCAGCUUUCAGGUGCGGUCGUCGCCGCGCCGUCGUCGCUGCUGCUCGCUGGCAUGCUGCUAUCGUUGGCAGCCUCUAGUCUAGCAUUCUGAGUCGUCACGAUCCACGACCUUUCGACCUUGCAAGCGUAUCCUUCCAGCAUGGAAUCCU